AGCAGAAAGGGGUUUGUGUCAUAUAGGAAUAGUAGAGACGCCGACUAAAUACUGACUGUAAAUUAAUAAUAAUUAAAUAGACGUCAGAUUGUAAAUUAUGUCAGGAAUAUUUCCAAAACUGUUUGUUAUAAUGUUGUGUGUAGUACUUAGUGAUUGUGGCGAUACUUGCACCAAAAACUCAUGUAAGACUUUUCAGAUAAGUAAGAAAAAUCUGAAUAAAAGAUUAAUUGGACAUGCAAUUCUAGAACCGGAGGUGAAUGACCUUCACGACUGCGCGAGACAUUGCUUCUAUUACAAACUUUGUAAAUCAUUCGACUUUCAUAGAAAGGAGCGUUCUUGCAAACUGAAUAACGUGACCGGGGAUUCUCCAGGAGCGGUCUUUAAAGACAAAGCAGGUGCCAUAUUCUCAGAUAUAGGAGAGUGGCCAAAGAAUAUGGCAGGCAAGUGUGGAAAUCGACCAUGCUUUGAAAACCAAAGAUGCGUUCAUGAUAAGAACAAUCAUCUAUGCAUAGACAUCACUUGCGGAGGACACCCUAUUGUGCAAAAUGGGUGGACAAAGCUUAACCCUUCUGACAAAUACAACGACAGUGCAUCCGUAUACUGUCAUAAAGGCUUCCAUACAGAUCAGAAAUCUGUCAAAUGCCAGCUAAACGGAAAGUGGGAGAAUACCAUUUGCGAAAAGAAAGAAUGUGGAAACGUACCAACAAUAGAAAAUGGCGAGAUAGUACUCAGGUACCCUGGCAAGACUUUGUACCAAGACCUUGCUUCUGUGAACUGUGAUGCAGGUUACAAGCCUAAUAAAACAAUUAUCCAUUGUCAGCUAUCCGAGAAAUGGGAACCAGCAUCAUGCGUGAAAAUAGCUGAAUCGUUCAGGCUUCCCCACCACGGCAAGUAA